AAGCGAAUGGCACGCUCUGUGCACUCGCUAUAUGGGCCGCGUACGUGAGUGUAUGUGUGUAUGUAUAUGUGUUUGCCUCUGCGUGUGUGUGAUCUACGCGUGGUGCAGGUAGGAGGGUGCCAGACUCGACGCUCGAACACGACGAGCUCGCGUGUGAUAGACGCAUAAUCAUCGGUGCAACGCUACACUGUGUUGGAAUUAGCGGAUAGUUGCGAAAGGAGCCAUUCUCUCGCCAGCUGUCGCUCUGAGGAGGUGCGAAACAGAUGUCGCCCUCUCUUGAUGGAGUGAGACAGCGGUAGAACCGCCUUCACAAUCUACGUGCCAACCGUCAAGUCGGCAGUGACGUCGCCUCACGCCUGCCACGUCGUCUGCGCGCACGUAGCUCUCGCGUGAUCUCGCGAGAUCCAUCACCGACAUAAUAAUCCCACCCGUCUUAUCGUCGGCCUGCGUGCGUCCAAUUCUCGCGAGAUAGGUCGCCGGCGAAAUCCCCCCCCCCGCCGCGCCUCAUCGUCGUCCACGUCGCCUGCAUGCGUUUAACUCUCGCGUGAUCUCGCGAGAUCUCGUCCUGCGGUAUCGAGCGCGGUAGUUAGCGGGCGGCGUGAGUGAGUGAGCGAGUCUCAGUAACGCGAAGCUGCUGCAGCGGUCGUCGUCGUCGUCGUCAUGGUGCUGGGAUCGAGAGUGCUGCGACGCUCGUGUCGCAAUCCGUGCGUGCUGUUCGCCUUCUAUACGGCGCUCGUGCUCGUCGUCGUCAUGUUCGUCAUCAAACUGCCGCGAGACUCGUCUCCGAGCAGACCCGACGUCGUCGUCAUGCAGCGAGGCGAGAAGAACUCACGGCUGGCCGCCGACAGCAUAGCGGCGGCGUACGACAGCGCCGCCGACAACCACCCGGCGAAACCCGCCGACGUCAGGCAACCGGUCGGCGGCGGCGGCGAGAACGAGAAAGUGGCCGACGAUCAGGUGCCAAAGCCGAAAAGCGCGGAGAAGGUGGAGGAAGAGAAAGAGGAGAUGGAAGCAGAAAAGGAGAGUGUGAAGCAUGUGAUCGAUGCCCCUCUGGCCAAGCCGUUUGAACCGGUCGGGCCACGAACCGGGAAAUACGGCAAUAAGACGUUAAUAAUUGAUCCUGUUGCUGGAGGACCGGGUGAUAUGGGCAAAGGCUACCUGAUGAAAACUGCAGAGCUAACACCCGAAGAGAAGAAAUUAUACGACGAGGGAAUGGCCAAGAACUCAUUUAACGAGUACCUGAGCGACCUCGUUUCGCUGCGGCGGCGUCUCCCAGACAUGCGACACGAAACGUGUUUAAAGCGAGACUAUGUGCCGCUAUCGUCGCUGCCCUCCGUCAGCGUCAUCAUCAUCUUCCACAACGAGGCACUGUCCGUACUUUUACGCACCGUGCACAGUGUGCUUGACAGAUCGCCGCCGGAGAUACUUAAGGAAGUCAUUCUAGUCGACGACUACUCCGAGCGAUCUCACAUGGGGAAACCCCUGCAACAGUACGUAGACACGCUGGAGAAGGUGACGUUGUUGCGGGCCAAGAAGCGGGAAGGUCUCAUCAGGGUGCGGCUGCUGGGCGGGAAGCAUGCCACGGGGAAAGUCCUCGUUUACCUCGAUUCCCACUGCGAGUGCACAGAAGGGUGGCUGGUGCCUCUGGUAGAUGUGAUUGCACGCAAUGUGACGUCGGUGGCGGUACCUGUGAUCGAGGUUAUCAAUGUCGACUCGCUCGAAUAUAAUCAUGGCACGCAACCAGAAGCCGUUCAAGUGGGCGGCUUCAGCUGGGGGCUUGUCUUUAACUGGCACUCGUCGCCGAAAAGCGAGAAGGCGUGGAGAACUGCACACAGUCUCCAACCGUUGGAUCCCGUGAGGUCACCGACAAUGGCUGGCGGUCUCUUUGCCAUUGACAAGGAGUGGUUUGAGAAACUUGGCACUUAUGAUCCGGAAUUCGACGUCUGGGGAGGUGAAAACUUGGAGAUAUCGUUCAAGAUAGGAUGUGCGCGCCGGAAGCUUAGUAGCGGUUCUGCUUGUUCGCCAUGUCGGUGCAGCAUAUUUCGUAGGGCGAAGUUCGCUCGUCACAAGGUGCCACAGCGUAUCUCGCAUCCGGAUUACUACAAAAACCUGGUGCGGCUCGCCGAGGUGUGGCUAGACGAUUAUAAGGAGUACUUUCUAGCGGAGCACGUUGGCGUCGCGCUAAAGGUUCGAGGUAAGAAUUAUGGAGACCUGACAUCAAGGAAAGCUCUUAGGAAGCGUCUAAAGUGCAAGAGCUUCGGCUGGUAUUUGAAUAGCAUCUGGCCGGAAAUGUUCCAUCCAGGAAAAGCCAUAUACGGAGGCGAGAUUCGUAACAGUAUAGGCGGUGGUGCAGGUGAUGCGUGUCUAGACAGUCCGUCAGAUGACAAACAACACGGCAAGCUGAUGACCUUAUGGCCCUGCCACAAUCAGCGUGGCAACCAGCAAUGGCACAUGACCCCGACGGGAGAGCUGCGCCGUGAAGACCUUUGCCUAGACUUUGACGGCAAGAAAAUCUCGAUGUGGGGUUGCCAUGGUUUACAAGGAAAUCAGCAAUGGGAGUAUGACAAAACGAAACUGACGUUAUAUCACACAAACUCGAAGAAAUGCAUCCAGGUGAAAGAUGACAGAAAGAGCAUGUUCAUGGAGGAAUGCAACGCAUCCCCGCAACAACAGUGGAAAUUCGAAAGCACCGGAUGGAGGAAAUCUACCGUCAAAUGAUCGCAUAAAGUAACGACGAUUCGUUUGCAGCUAGGCACUGGGGAGUCAGGUCGGCGUGCGCCAAAAUGCCGUCGUUUACCGUUCGAGUAUCUGGACCGACGCCGUGUUGGUCUACGUGAACGGCUACCCGCAUAUUGCACGUUCACCUGUAGAUCACGCACGGCGUUUCCGCAAGAAUCCCGGAUAGCCCCCCAAAGCUAUGACGCUGCGAAUAAUGUGCAGUUGUGCUCGCCCUGCCUACGGUCGCCGGACGGUGGCGGCAGCACUUGUCUUCCGGUUGUGGAGUGCGGUGCGAAUAACGUCUAUCCUCUAUAAUGGGCAUCCUCCGCUCAACAUAGUCUGUUUGCCUUCAUAUCUCCGUGUACGGCCGUCUCACUCUCUAGGCGGCUCUCGGAACAAGUUUGUAAACGGGUAUAUUUUCACGCGUACGUACGUAUAUAAUAUCCCCCCCCCUCUGUCACCACUAGUAUCCUCGGUUAGUUCCCUAUACCGUGUGCCGCACUUCCACCACACAUUGCGCAUCGUCGUGAUAUUUGCACUAUAGUUGGCUAUACUGAUGUCACGUGUGAUAUAUAAACUCCGCAGAGAGUUCCGAUACCAAAUACCAGAUUGCCUGUUGUAUGUGUUGUGCGCGCGUUUUCACCAAAAACACUUGUGUUUCAAUUUGCAGCGGUCACGUCGGUCAUGGCUGCAUAUAGUUAUAUACGAAUGAAGCAAUACGACUAUAUCGUCUAUUUAUUUGGGCGAGUUUAUUUACUCGGUAAAACAAACGGCACGUGUCCCCCGCACUUAUAAAUAGUCGUGUCAUAAUGUGGACAUGAUGACGUUUGCGUGUUUCUGAUAUGGUCCAUUCCCAUGCGCACAGACGGAAGCCAUAUAGAAAGCAAUAUUGAGGAAAGUCUCAUUGACGGGCAGUUGUAAAGGGAACCAAAUAAGGAGUUGUUCCCUUAUUAAAAGCUGGCAAUCGUGAGGUAGUAGAAUAGAGAAUAAAUCAUCUAUAUUUAAAACUAUGCACUUUGUGAUGAUUAGGUGAUAGGUAGAUUAAGAGAAAGUUUAGGGUCUGGUUACGAGAAAUGUUAAGCUGCAAUUAUCAAGUUAGUUCAUAGACUCGUUUGCGGUAAUGAUAUGUAAAUAUCGUAAAUCGUUAUGCUGUUGUCAUGCAUGUUACGUAAUUGUGCCUCGAACUGUUACGCAUGCAUAAACACGCAAAGAUACUUUGCAUAAGACAUGCUGACGUUCUAUUAAUGAUCUUGGGUGUUCUCUAUACUCUCGUUCGUACGUUUUACAGUCGACUUGUCUCUCUAAGCCUUAUUAACGACUGGGUGAGCGCGUAUGGUCUACAUUCUUGUUAUAGUCCAACGUUCGCAUAUUAAUCAAAUGUACGGUUGUUCGUACCGUGGUGCCUUAUAACGAUUGUGAUAGGGAAUUGUGUCUAUACUACUAGCCAGCGUAACUGGUCGGUAGCCGGUGCAUAAGCUGCGAAUGCGGAUUGCACUUAAGUAGAGGCUACACCGGUGAUUUUGAUUCUUCUCUAUCGUUCCCGAAAGUGGGCGCCACGAGCAACUAUAUGCGAAAAUGCAGAUAUCCCUUGACGUAUUGAAGCGUCUAUACAGAUACCCGGAGGGGAAUGUAUCUUUUUUGGUACAUAUUUCUGAAUGUGCACCUUCAGUGACAUACUGCAUCCACGACCGACUUAUUACAAUCUGUGCGGCCGUGGCCUGAGUAGCUGUUCGUCUGUACGGUGGGGGACGGGCGCAAGAUUUCGUGACAUAUAACCGUGUAGUGACAAUUGUGUUCAUUCAUUCAAUUUUUUCAGGAGAUGAAGAAAUAGUCCAUAAUUUGUAGGAUGAUAUUGUGCUAAAAGGUUCAAUAUGUUUUAUUAUUUAUUACAUUAUUUUACGUCUUUGGAUUAAUUACAUUUAUUAUGCAUAUUUUAAUUUUCCUCAAAAUCUUCGCGGGAACAACCGCCUGCUUGCCCCCCACCCCGGAGGCUACGGCUCUAAACCUGGUCUGUGUUUGGAAUCUGUACAAUAAAUGAUUGUAAUAGUC